AUGAAUGAUUAUUCUAUUGAACCAGUAGUUGAUUCAGAAUUGUACGAAGUUGAAGAAAUUAGACAUUUGUAUGACCUUUUUGAUGUUAUAAGUGUUCAUAAAGUACAAAAUCCACUGCUUUGGGGCUUAUACACAUUAAGAAAAAAUGAAAUGGAAAUAAAUACAAAAAAUAUAAAGGUAAAUGAAUGGCUUUUAUAUCACGUUACUGCCACUAAAAAUGUUCAAUCAAUUGCGGAGAAUAAUUUAGACUGGCGUUUCACAAAUCGUUGUCGAUAUGGAAAAGGUGUAUGUUUUUCAUAUUGCCCUUUGUAUGCCAACCGAUAUGCAUCAUGUGCUCAGGGAUCAACUUCUGCAGUAGAUUACGAUGAAAAUCUUAUGCAUAUACUUAUUAAUAUGGGUUUUCCAAGAGAAGCAAUCAAACGAGCAUUAUUUUAUACGUAUAACCAAGGACUAGAAAGUGCGACUAAAUGGCUUAUGGACCAUAUUACAGAUAAUAAUUUUGCUGAACUUUUUGUUCCAUCCAGACAUGACUUCAAUAGUGAAAUUUCAAUUGAGCGAGCAUUUAUAAUUUGCCGAGUCUUAGUUCAAAGAACCAAAGAUGUUAACGUCAAUUAUAAUUUGAAUGUUAUACCUAAUGUUUUUGAUACUGCUAAAUCAUUAAAUGGUAUGGUUUAUGUAAAAUUCAAUGAUUACGAAUUUUAUCCACAGUACAUUGUGUAUUACAGAGAACAUACAACCGAACAUAAUUUAACUAAAUAUGCUGAUCCAUAUUCAUGCAAUUUCAAUUAUAACUAUUGUGCUGAUCAAUGA